UGCCCUAACGCAUGGCUUGCUAUACGAACUUUGACUUGUCUACCUGUCAUUCAAACUUUUAUAAGAAGGUGUUCGACUCGGUUUGGUGGAGGACCGUGACUGUAUUUAAUUCCAGUCAUUAACCAAAGCUAUUAGAUAUACUACAUAAAAAUGGAGAUUGAAAUUGUUAAUGCAAAAACACUGAAGCCCUACGGAAAAAUGUCCGUUGCUGCGGAAACGGAUAUUUCAUACUUGAGGCAACUUAUUCACAAUAAAUUUAAGCAAACACCUUCGGCCGAUAGACAAUCGUUGCGUCUGGAACCAAAAGGCAAGGCAAUCAAAGAUACCGAGACUUUGCGAAACCUCAAAGUACAAGCCGGUGAUAAGGUGUACGUCAAGGAUUUGGGACCACAAAUUGGCUGGAAAACUGUGUUUUUGGCUGAAUACGCCGGCCCUUUGAUAGUGUAUUUACUUUUCUACACUCGCCCCGAAUUAGUUUAUGGCAAAAAUGCCACAGAACCCAUUUCCCUGACCACCCAUAUCGCUGCGAUAUGUUACACUGUCCAUUAUGUGAAGCGAUUAUUGGAAACCAUUUUUGUUCAUCGAUUCUCUCACUCCACUAUGCCCUUGCGUAAUCUCUUCAAAAAUUGCUCUUACUAUUGGGGAUUCACCGCUUACGUUUCGUAUCAUGUCAAUCAUCCAUUUUUCACAUCGCCCUGUAUGUUGCAAGUUUGGGCCGCUCUGGCUUUGUUUGCGUUCUGUGAAUUGGGCAAUUUCUCGGUGCACAUUGCUUUGCGUAACUUGAGACCACCUGGCACUAAGGUACGCAAAAUUCCCGUACCCGAUGGCAAUCCAUUGACAAACUUGUUCCACUUGGUCUCUUGCCCCAACUACACCUAUGAAAUCGGUGCUUGGAUAUCCUUCUCCAUUAUGACGUCUUGUUUGCCUGCCCUGCUGUUCGCCUUUGCUGGUGCUUUCCAAAUGACCGUUUGGGCUUUGGGCAAACACCGCAACUACAGAAAAGAGUUCAAAGAUUAUCCCAAACAAAGACGUGCAAUUUUCCCAUUCAUUUUGUAAGUUAGCUUUAGCGUCUUUCUUUUGAGAAAAAGAAAAAGAUGAGUAGCAUUUUGAUCUUUUGUCAUCAACAACUUAAACUGACACUUAUUCCAUAUAAGAUCUAGUUAUGUAGAACAAUUACUUCGUUUUUUUUACAAUUCCAAAAAGUAAAAUGGUGUAUUAAAUUCACAUAUUAUCAUCUGAAAAUGUUUAAAUUAUUUUCCAAACAUAAAUGGAUUAUAUUACAAAAUUCAUAUACAUUUGUAUGCAUUCAAACUGUCAUAUGCAAUCAAUGUCAUAUUUACAUCUUACGUAAUUGAACAAAUUAAAAUAAAGAAAAAAAAUGGUUAUGAGAAGAUAAAACUAAA